AUGUACAUUGCAAAAGGACUUUUGCCUCUGGGAGGUAUCGCACAGUACGGUCCAGAGCUCUAUUUCGCGAGCCAGAUGGAGUUCUCCUGGCUGGAUGCGCGUCUGAACCUCAGUCUCUUGGUGGACGGCCAGCGGACGUCUCCCCUGCCUGAAGGCCUGCCGGACCGCCUCUGGAGGCCACGGCUUGCCUUCUCACCAGUCACGAAGCUCAGUCCACUUGACUCGCAAGCCGACCAGCGUUUGAGGUUCCGUGUAGCACCUGACAACCGCAUCGUUGCGAGCCAGAGGCUGAACUUCGCUCUCUGCUGCAACAUUGACUACAUCUAUUAUCCCUUCGACGUUCACGUCUGCGACAUGUCCAUCGUAAAUAGUGGGAGGCGCACGCGGCUCGUAGUGCGCGCCGCGUUCCGUCGCCAGCUGCUGGCCGUGCUGAUAGACCCGCUCGGGCCGAGCCUGUUCCCCGUGCUGCUGUCUUGGACCGGCUUCUGGCUCGACCCGAAGCGCCCCGUGACUCGCGCGGCGCUCAUGGCGCUGUCCUUCGUGAUCCUGGAGCAUCAGCAGGUGAGCCACUUCACCAGCAGGGCGCAGGACCACCAGCUGCGCUCCAUCGACGUGUGGUACCUCAUCUGCCGGUGCUUCAUCAUCGCCGCGCUCCUCGAGUGCGUCCUCAUACUGCACACGGCGGACAACUUGCAAGAUUCCUCUGUUCCUCCUUCGCCACCUCGCGGUGCCACCUCAAGCGUCGAUGUGCCUUCGCCAAUGACGUCGAUGGCCAGCGCAGCCGGCGGCUCGCCGACGAAGCUCGCGACCUCGUCCGCGGCUUCACCCGCAGCCUCUGCGCCAGCAGCGGGACUGGCGCGCGUGGUGCGGCUUUCGCCGCAGGAAACGGACGACGCGUGCAAGACGUUCUUCCCGCUCGCCUUCUUGCUGGCCUCGCUGCUGUACGCCGGCGCCUUUGCCGGACCGCUGAUCACGUCCAAGGACUUCGCCAAGCUGCCCGUCCGUUAUGCGGAGUGA